AUGACAGUAUCAAAUAAUCGUAUAUUCAGAUGCGUUGCCGAGCUUCGCAAGUUCCGGAAAGACUGCUGGAUCAAGGAUUUGUCUGUUGGCUUUGUUCCUACGAUGGGAUACCUGCACGAGGGACAUCUCUCGCUGGUCCGCCAAUCGCUCGAGCAAAAUGACGUUACCUUGGUAUCCAUUUUUGUGAAUCCAUCGCAGUUUGCUCCUCAUGAAGAUCUAGAUGCCUAUCCCCGCAACAUCGAGCGCGACCUUCAACUUCUGGAGUCCGUCGUAUCCAAAGACAGGGCCCGUCGGGUAGCCGGAGUCUUCACUCCGUCCGUGAGAGAGAUGUAUCCAAGCGGUAUUUCUCUUGAGACAAGCAAGCAGAAAGGAGCAUUCGUGAGCGUGAGCGGAGUUUCUGAACAGCUUGAAGGCCGCGCUAGACCUCAGUUUUUCAGAGGUGUGGCUACCGUUGUUACUAAGCUGUUCAAUAUUGUGGAGCCCACUAACGCGUACUUUGGACAGAAAGACAUCCAGCAGUCUAUCGUUAUUAAACGGAUGGUGUCGGACUUGCUGUUCAACGUCCAAAUCCACGUUGUUGACACAGUGCGUGACAAAACGGGUUUGGCCCUGAGUUCAAGAAACUUCUAUCUGAGUGAUGAAGUGAGAAAACAGGCCAGUCCGGCAUCGAGAAAACCAUUGUUGGUGAAAACGACAAGUUCGAAAUCGAUUACGUCGCAUUCAACUACUCAGACACCCUCGAAUAUGUUCCUGAAGAUGCCACCAUCGACAAGGACCGAGAGUGCAUUUUGA